UACUAAAUUUCGUGGAAGAAAAAAUAAAACACGUUAGGACCUACACUUAACGCGAUGACGGAAAAAGCACGGAAAUUGCCUUUCAUUUUGGGAAAGUUGAAGAUGGUGCAUAGUAUCUCCUAGUAGAUUUUUACAUCCAAUUUACGUCCAUAAUGGCGGGUGCCAGUGGGAAAACGGGUUUAUCACAUCAUGCCCUACUCAGCUCUCAGAUUGAAGAAAAAUUUUCGACGAAUCAACAAACACAGAAAAUUUACGACCAGAAAGAUACAUGGCGGCAGGAAAUGGAACUUAUCAUCCAAGAGCUGUACCCCAGCUGUUGCCUUGUGAUGUGUGGUUCGUCUGCGAACGGAUUUGGAAGCAUCGAUAGCGACAUUGAUUUGACUCUAAUGCUGGGCAUCGAAGGCAGAACUGCCGUCACAAGAGACACGUAUACGCUUAGGAGAAUCGAAUCGCUUUUCAGUCGCAAGCCUCGCCGCUUUGAAACAGAGGUUGUUUCAAAUGCCAAAGACCCCAUAAUUAUCCUCAAGGAUAAAGAGAACUCGUUUGAAACGGACAUCACUUUGGAGAAUUCGAGCAGCUUGACGAACGCCUUCCUAUUAAAAUGCUACUCUGAGUGUGACUUAAGAGUGAAGCCGUUGACAAUUGUGAUCAAACUAUGGGCGAAAAAGGCUCAAAUUAUCGGAGCCAAGUUUAAGAGGCUUCCAGGUUUUGCUAUCGUUCUCAUGGUCAUCCACUUCCUACAAGCCGGUUGUGCUCCCCCAGUCCUGCCUGUACUGCAUAAAGACUUCCCAGAACUUAUCAAAGACACGUCAAAAAACGAAGUAAUUCACCAACUAACCGAUGAAAUUCCACUUCAAAUCCAGACGUACAAGUCAAAAAACGAGAAGAGUCUUGGAGAAUUGUUAAUGGCGUUUUUCCGGUAUUAUUCUGCUUUCCAGUGGGCAGAAACCAUUUCUGUUCGUACGGGAAACACGGAACCCACCAAAAUGCAUUCUAAGGUUUGGCGGGGGCCUAAAAUCAGAAUCGAGGACCCCACGGACGGAGGAAAUGUAACCAGAGCCGUGUUUGACGAGUAUGAAGCCAGGCGCAUUAAACAGUCUUUCAAGACUGCGUCAAACAAUUUGAAUAGAAAUUCGUCUUUGGAAAGUAUUCUUUGAUUUACAUCUCAUCAGAUAAAUAAGUACACUUUGAGAUAAACUACUCAAUCACAACGAAAUCAAUUUCGACUCGAAACAUAAUUGCUAUUCAUAUUAUUAUGAUUAAUUCAAUUGAAAUUUUGUAAUAUAUAGCAACAGUCUUGUUGCUAUAUAUUAUAUAAUAUAAUCACAUAUGUUAUUUAUCUAGCACCCAUUAAUUUACGCUUACUCUUUUCGUUUUUUCACUACUGUUUUGCCUUAUGUAAAUCCCGCCGCCCCAUAUACUUCAUGUUUCACGCCCCUUCUAGCAGUUUGUGUUUUUUUCCUUCUCUCUAAAUCCCGAUUGUGUCGUCCUUCCAGUAUUUCCCUCAUCAUUUGGUAAGUUUUGUCUCGUUGUAUCUCUAUAAUUAAUUUUUCCGUCUUACUUUAGUAUCUUUUUGUAAAUGCUGAGUAAACGUGUUUAGUUGAAGCGGGCCAGUGCCUCUUCACUUGUAUUUGGUAUGUCUGACCUCACUGAAGUAACUUGAGUAAGUUCCUAUGAUUACAUAAGGGAGACGAAUAAAGUCUGGGCAAUUCA